ACCAAAUCAUGAUGUGGGAUACCUGCCCAAAUGGCUUAGACUGGGGAAAGCCGCCUGCUCCUCGGGCAAAGGGCCAAGAAGACACCCGUCCUGCUGGGCUUUUCUGAGAAGGAAAAAGGGUUUCGUUUCUCCUCCUGGCUCCAGCCGGGGCUCGCCUCAUAUAAGGGCUGGCCGCCUCGCCUCUGGCUCGUUUAUUGUGGCGGGAAGAGAGACACACGGACGCAGAGAGAAGCAAAGGGACCAGGGAGACCAUGGAGCCUCGAAGAAAAAGCGGGAAGAAGGAGAAGAUGGAGCCUCUUCCUCCUCCUCCUCCUCCGGAGGCGAAGCCAAAGGAGGCGCCCGACGGAGGGAGCCGGAGGAAGCCUCCCGCCAAAGGAAAGGGAGGAGAGGAGGGCGCCGUGGUGAAAAAGGGGCGCCCUUCCCUGAGGGGGAAAAAGGAGGCGGCGGCGGCGGCGGAGGAGGAGGAGGCCUCCUUGGUCUCCACGCGGAAAGGAGACGCCACGGCGCUCGUCGCGGGACAAGCAGAGCCCUCCACAGGCGCCGCCAGGAAAAAGCCCUCGUCCUCAAACUCCCGAAGGAAGAAGGAGGAGGAAGGGAAGGAGAAGAAGAAGCAGCGCCCGGCUGCUCCUCCUCAGAGCAAGAAGGAGGGUGUCCCCAGGGGCCCAGGAGCCUCCCCAGCCCCGCAGCCCGAGGGCCCUGGCUGGGCUCCCCCCGAGGAAGGGCCCGGCAGGAGGAGCAGGAGGAGCAGGAGGCGCCCUUCCCCUCAGGCUCAGGCUCAGGAGGACGGGGAGGCCCAGCCCUUGAGGCAGGUGCUCCUGCGGCUGAAGCUGGCCAAAGAGCGGCGCUCCGAGGCCGCCCGGCGGGUCAACCUCCUCAGGGACAGGCUGCUCAGGGCCCUCAGGAAGGCCCCCUGCUUCAAGGCCUUACAGGUCCUGGGGGCAGGCAGCUACUACGAGAGGGUCAAGAUAUGUAGACCAAAUGAAUUUGAUAUUAUGUUUAAAGUUCCCAAAGUCAGAGUUGAGCUGGAACCUUGCGAAGCUGUUGCUUCUUCUGGUGCUUUUUAUUAUGUAAAGCUGAAAAGAGAUUGUGCCCAUAAGGAACUAAAGGAGUUUUGUGAUGAUGAUGAACGACUUUCAUCUUCCAACAUGCUUUUAAAACUAAGAAGCAUCAUUAUAGAGGAGGUAAAGAAAAUAAAAGAUAUGAACGUUUCCGUAGAGAGAAAGAAGCCUGGAUGUCCAGCAGUAACCCUUCUCAUUGGAAGUCCUCCCUCUGUUAUAUCAGUAGAUAUCAUUCUUGGUUUGGAAUUUCAUCAUUCCAAGUGGUUUGCCAGUACAGAGAAUAGCCUGGGCAUUGAAGAGUGGCUAGGAACAAAAGUAAAGAAAUCUUUGUGCUUUGAACCACUCUACCUUGUCCCCAAAAAUGUUAAAGAUGGACAGCACUUUAUAGAUACUUGGCGACUCUCUUUCUCAAAAACCGAGAAGAUAAUUCUUCAUAAUCAUGGUCAAACAAAAACAUGUUGUGAAGUCAAGGGAGUGAGAUGCUGCAGGAAAGACUGUCUUAAGCUUCUGAAGUAUUUGUUGGAGCAGCUUAAAACAAAACAUGAAGACAGACAUCAGUUUGACAAAUUCUGUUCUUAUCAAGUCAAAACUGCCUUUUUCCAUGCAUGUGUAAUGUGGCCCAAAGACGAGGACUGGCUUCCUGCAAACCUUGAUGAAUGUUUCACGAGAUUAUUGAAUUAUUUUCUCAAUUGUCUCAGAGAAGCCAAGCUACCACACUUUUUUAUACGUACAUUUAACUUCUUCUGUGAAGAGAAGAUUGAUAAAACAAAGCGUAAUGCUCUUAUAAGAGCAAUUGAAAGGGAAAUAAACAAUAGAUAUCCUGCAUUUUUUAAUUUGUAAUAAAGGCUUUAAUGAAAUGCAAGUUAAUGUUUGUAUUUUUGAAGUCUAAAAACAGAACACAGGAAGAUCUACCAGUAUUCAAGGAUAUUGUCUACAGCAAAAGGAGAAAAACAGUUUGUGUGUUCUUGCUAGCAUUUGUUCAAAUUAGGUUUUUAUGAAUAUUUCAAAGAAGCCAAUAGCUCUGUGAAAGAGUAAAGAAAUUAUGGAUGCAAAUACUGUAUAUAAAGGAAUGGAAGAUAUACUAAAAUUCAAAAUUUAGUUGAAGCCCAACCUUUUUUGCUUGGACUUCUGGAAGAAAAAACAAACAAAAGAAUGGGAAGAUGGUGCAAUAUAUGGUGACAGCAGCCAGAGACACUUGUACUGUAUGUACAACAUUGGAAAUACAUCUCAUGAAGAAUAGCUUGUAAGGCUUAAUGAAUUUGCCGAAAUGGAUAAAUUGACUAAUCUUAUAAGAGAGGAACUAUAGUAUUUCAAAUACGAAUGGAAAUUCAUUAAUUGAGAAAAUAACUUUAGACUUCAUAGAAUCAUAGAGUUGGAAGAGACCGCACAGGCCAUCCAAUCCAACCCCCUGCCAUGCAGGAAAUCCAAAUCAAAGCAUCCCCAACAGAUGGCCAUCUAGCCUCUG